CGGCAGGAGGCGGGCGGUAGGGAGGGGGCGUCUGUGUUGCCGGCAGGGGCGGGGAGAAGUUCACCAGAAGCGCGGCGGCGGCGGCGGCUCCGCCUCCCUGUGGUCGGUGCGCGGCCUGGAGACCCCGCCUCCUGCCUCCCUCCUCCCUGCCCGGCUGGCCUCUCUCUCUCUCUCAGGCAGCCAUGGCGGCGGCGGCGGAGCAGGAGCAGCAGCAGUUCUACCUUCUCCUAGGCAACCUGCUCAGCCCGGACAAUGUCGUCCGGAAACAGGCCGAGGUGACUGGCGGCUUCGCGUUGUUUCGCACCCCCCACCCCGUUCCCCGCUCUCCCUUUCCCGCCGGCUCCAGCCUCGGCCGACCGCGCUGUCCGGACCCGGCCUUGCCCUGUCAGCCUCUCAGCGCCGUGUGUGUGUGUGUCUCGGCGUGCGCGCGCGGGGCGGCCCUGGCGGGGCCCACGUGCUCCGGCCGGAAUCUCCACAGACGGGGCCGGCGGCCGUUAGAGCCGUUGGCCGGGGGGCGUUUCGGCCACCAACCGCCCUUUCCCUCCCCCCCCCCACACACAAAGCCCCCCCCCGGGCGGCACCUCCGCCUCGCACCGGCUCUUACCUCUUUUCUCCUCUUUCAGCUUGGGAAAUCCGGCCCCCGUUUUCCCUCUCUCUAAACGUGGGCCUUUCAGAGGAUCCUCCCCACCCCCCCUACCCUGACCUUUUCCCCUUCCACGUCCCCUGAUUUUUAUUUCCUUUUUAAUGCGAGAUCCUACGUUUCUAGUGCUGGCCCCGAUUUCUCAGUAUUCUCUUUUUUUCUCUCUCUCUCCCCCAAAUUCUGUUUUCUAUUUCCUUUUCCUCGUUCUCCACCUCAAACCUGACCCUGGUCGUGGAGAUAAGCGCCCGAGGCUGGAGCCACCAUAGCCUCCUCGACCAAGCCCUUAGAUUAAUAGGAUGGAACUGUUGGGAAGGGACCACGAGGAUCAUCCAUUCCGACCCCCUGCAAUGCAGGAGUCUUUUCACACACCGAGGGGGGGAGGGUUCGAACCCACAACCCUGAGAUGAAGAGUCUCAUGCUUUCCUGGCUGAACUACGCCUCGGGACAAAUGUAGAAUGGAAUAUCACAUGGAAUAGAGCUGUAGCAUUGUAGGGUUGGAAAGGGAUUCCCAAGGGCCAUCUAGUUCCAUCCCCUGCAGUGCACAAAUCUUGCCCACAGUCGUCCCUGGGUGGAAAGGGGUUGGGGGUCUCAGUUCCCUUUUCUAUAGGGACGAGCUCAGGAGGUGCAACCCUCCCAUUAGAUUUACAGGGGAGGGUCAGAUGAGGGAUAGAGGGGUACUGUGGUUUGCUGUAGCUGAGUAGUUUGUGGUAAGUUGGGCAACAUUAUAUAGCAAACUUAUUGGUAGACACAGUAGCUGCAAAUACUGUUUAUGCUGGCAGCAAAAAUGACCUCAGCUGCAAUGUUCCUGUGUUGAUCUAAGUUUUUUCAUUCAUUUGUUUACAUAGGCAUGCGCCAUUCUGGGCUGUGCUGGAGCACCUGGGGGAGAUGGGUCUGUUCUGAUUGCCAUCUCUUUCCAAGACACUGGGCAGGGAUGGGGCCACCCUUGAAGAAGAAUAAGUCUUAUGUCCACAGUUCAGCUAAUUUGCUGUGUGGCAAUCAGGGAGGGAUUCUUAAAAUAAGUGUCAUGCGUGCUUUCCCUUCCCCCAAUUUACUGUGGCCGGAGGGAUGUAGAUCUCUUGAAAACUUAGCAGAGCUUGCUGCGUGAACCGUGAGAUAAUGAACCUGUCUCUUAAGCUUUGUGUUUUCUAAUCUGUGAAGUGGCUUCAGUGUUCAAUAGGGUACUGAAUGAAGCUUUCCCCCCUUUUCUGUUGUAUGUGUCUUAUUAUUAGAGAAAACUCUGAACUACAGGAUUUCUCUGUAAUUAGUAAAUCAGGAUAGCGCUUUAUUUCCACCCACAGGAGUGCUUUACAUCCUUUAUUGUAAAGCCUAGUGGGGAAUCUCUGUUCCAUUGAAAUAAAUACCGGCGUCUGGCUUAGCAUUUUCUCAUUGGAUGGCUGUGCUGGGGCUUUUAUCAUUUACAUCACUGGAGCGGUCAGUAGAGUUCAGCACAUUCUUUCAUUGGGAACAAUAGGGUAAAAAAAUCUGUUCUUAGUACCCUAAUGUAAAACAGAUCAGUCUGAUUAUUUUUCAACAUUGUACAUACCAACACAAGCAAUUUAAAUAUUGUGAAGCCGCUUGGCAUACAUGUAUGUUUUCUGAAACAUAGAUGAAAGAAGAGGCAAAUGGUGUAUUUGAGCAAAAAUAAAUUCUCUUGUGCUGCUCAUAAUGUGACCAGGUUGUAAGGACCAUGUGAGAGGAAAACCUUUUGCCUUUGGAUAUAGACAGUGGUGGUGUGUGGUCCCUGGAAGGUUACCCAGGAUGAAAUGCUGAAAAAAGUUAACCCAACCCCUGCUGGAAAGCCAACCAGUUGAGGAGAGCUCUUUAAGUGGAAGCCCACAUGGGUUAGGGUCCUGAAAGUAGUCUGAAUAGCAACAGCCAGUGUGUUAGGUAGGUGAAGCUGCUGGUAGACAGUGUAUGGGAGCAGAAAAGGGAACUCCUGCUCUUCUUGGCACUGGGAGAUGGGAGUAGGGUGCCACAUUCAUCACCAGGUAUUUGCAUAUUGAAGGAUGUGUCACUGUCUACUAGCACAAAAAGUGUAAGGAAAGGAAAUCACUCUCAGCCCUCUGUCAGAGUGCAAUGGCAGUUUUUCAUGGCGAGUCACCUUACCAGCCACUGCUGAGUAUGAAUGAGAAUGAUGUCACUAAAUUAGAAGAGAGGACUGAGAUCACUAGUUUUUGGAGUAGGUUUGCAUGCGGAAAUAGGCAGUCCUUAGUCUUGAUUUCUUUUUACUUCUCCACUGUGCAUACUUUGGAGAGUUAGCAGGAUCUAGGCUGAAGAGUUCAAUUUUUCUUUGAAAAUGUCCACAAUGCUACAUUGAACCUUUUUUGUGUUUGUUUUCUGGAAUCUAUGCAAGAGGGAUGUCUGUCAACUUGAAGCUCUUUCCAUUUUGAAUAUGCAGUGUGAAUACACACAACUUGCGCAGUCGCACUCUGGGGGGGGUGCCUAAAGUCGAAACCAUGCAUAGUCAGAACAGUCCUGGAACCACCCCCGCAUGACCAUCGCUACCUUUUUGAAGCCAAUGUGAGAAGUGGGCUUUGUCCGCCUUCCUUACUGGGCUCUGGGAGGGUCUUGCAUGGGCUCUGGGAAGCUCCAGCGAGAUCCAGAGCCCAUCUGAGGCCGGUAAACAAGCCUGAGAGCUUAAAAGAACUUUUAAGCUUUCCACUUUGUGUGCGUUUAAUUUAUGCUAUGUCGGUUGACCUGCCAUCAAGUUUGUAAAACUGCAAUAAUGCAAAUUGAACGUCAACUGUAUACUUAAAUACCUGAAGCAAAGAAUAUUGGGAAUUGUUCAUUCCAGCCAAUUCCACAAAAUCCCAUUUCUCAGUCAUUCCAAUGUUAAAAACAGAAAGCACUGACUGUCUCACAGGGCAAAUCAAAGUAAAAAGUAAAGAGCUAGAUAAAAUAAUAAGCAGUACUUCAUAGGCUAAAGUAACUAGCGCUAUUUGGCAGAACAGAGUUAAGAACACAGCAAGCACUAAUCUCUUUAUAGAUGUUGAUAGAUAUGUUAGUCUUGCUUUCUAAAGGAAAUGAUAAAGUUAAUUUUCAAGGUUUUAGUUUAGAAUUAUACCUUUGUUCAAUAGAACUGGUGGAUCAAACUUAUUCAAAUUGAAAGUUAAUCUCAACAUAGGUGCUUCUGUGAUAUGCUUUCCAGUAAAUUUAAAAAUUGAACUUAUUAGAGCAUAUCUGAGGGUCAAACUAAUGCCUCAUGGUUUUUGUUUUUAAUGAUUCUCUUUUCUUUCGUAGGAAACAUAUGAGAACAUACCAGGCCAAUCUAAAAUUACAUUCCUUCUACAAGCUGUCAGAAAUACUACGGUUGCUGAAGAGGUAUUUUCUAAGAAGUAUUCCCUACAAAACAUUUAUAAUAGCAUAAUUGAAGCAUUGUUUCAUGUUGUGGUAAAAUGAAGUAGCAUUGUAUUUAAUGUUAUCAGCUGUAAUAGGCAACUGAAAAUACAUCGCUAGCAAUGUCAGUAAGUUAAAGAAGAAUUAUUGGAAAUUUGUCUCAGUAGCAAAUACUACUGCAGUAAUGAUCAUACAGUUCCUUCCUGUCUUUGCACCAUAGAUUGGAAGCUUCAGUUCCCAUUUUAGUGGCAAACCAUUGGUUUUUUCAAUGGUUUGAUAGACACAUUGGCUUGGAUCCUAAAUUCCCUUCUGUACACGAGUUAAGGCAUUCUCCCUUUCCCUUUGACUCCUGGUGCCGUCUGAAAUUCUGUUUUCUGAAAGCAGCCUAUCUAAUAUGCACCUCUGGGCUCAUAAUGUCUUGGAAUCUACUCCUUAUUGCAUUGCUCCUUAACAUAUUUGCUGCCCAAACCUAUUAUUGCUUGUGCAUUAGGUUUUAAUUUCACUUACUGACUUAACAACUGUUGUAGUAGAAGCAUUUGCAAUCAGUAAGUCAUGGCAGCUGAAAAUGCUAUGUGUCUAAGAUGCACGUGGGUUGCUAUACUAUGCAAAAUUAAGACCAAAUAUAUCAAUAUUGCAAUAAAUCACAGUGAGUAUUCUGGCAUGUACGCUGGUGGAACCAUUGCAUCUGACAUACAUCAAGAAAUCUGUACAGUGCCUGUGUUGCCUGACACUGCCAUAGAUGUUCCCACACAACACAGAUGGAAGUGGUUCAGUCUUUCACACAUUCCAUUUCUGUUGUCCUUAGCAUACUUGUCCACUACAAUGUGGCUGCUCAUUUGGUAGGAUUGCAUGUUCGCUGUCUCCCUAUUCCCUACAGAAGGGCUGUAGCUCAUAGCUUUGCAUGUAGAAGUUCCCAUGUUCAAUCCCCAACAUGUCCAGGUUGGGCUGUGAAUAUCCUGCCUGAAACCCUGGAGGGGAGCUGCUAACUAGAUGAAGUGGUCUGACUUUAUAUAAGGCAAAUUGCUGUGGUCCUUUGUCAUCACAGUAUUUCAAGUAGAACAUGCCACCAGUGUUGAUUCAAAUGCCUUGUACUAAUUAACUCAAUAUCUGAGCUGAAAUAACGAAUAAUUCAUAUUACUGUGGUUAGUGUAUACCCAUUGACCCCCUUCUGAGUAAUUCAUUCUGGAUUUUUUCUGGUUUGGAGUUUGCAGUUUGCAGUUAUAACUUGCUUGAAAGAAUGAAUACUUAAGUAGUCAAAGUAACAUUUGAAUUAAUAUGUUUCAAUAGUGUCUUUAAUAUAUGCCUAAUCUGUACACAAUUCACUUUAUUCGUUCGUGUUAACACAAAGUUAACCUUUUUACACAUGAUGUUUCCAUAUAAAUGUUAAUAUAUGGUAGAAAACAUUUGAUUUAAUUUGCUGAAACUAUUUACUAAAUGCCUCUUAAGUUCAAAGUUCUUCUAACAUAGAGUCAGUCACCUCGUUUAGUUCUUAUACCAACUGUGACAUGAAAUAGUUGAGUAAAAAAUAGCUAUGUGACUAAAGAUGCCAAAAAUAGGUGUGGCAGAGUCAGCACUUUGGCUGAACUUCUAGGUGUUUUGUUUAUGCUUAGUAGGAAAACAACAGCAAAGAACAGAAGUGGGAUAUAUUGUAUUGAAAUUAAUUCUCCCUCAUAUAAUGUAUAUCUGUCUUAACAGGCUAGACAAAUGGCUGCUGUGCUUCUACGAAGACUUUUGUCAGCUUCUUUUGAGGAAGUUUAUCCAACGUUACCCCCUGAAGUUCAAACUGCUAUCAAAAGUGAAUUGCUGUUGAUUAUUCAGCUGGAAACACAAUCCAGUAUGAGGAGAAAAAUAUGUGAUAUCGUAGCUGAGCUGGCCAGGAAUCUAAUAGGUAUAUUAUAUUAUUAUUUAUUUGUAUUUCUGUGAUGCUGGCUGUGUCUGAAAACAUUUAAAGCAUUUAAAGGCAAUGUAAACUUAAAUGAAAAAUACAGUAAAUCAACCAGGCACUAAUAAUAAUUUUAAAGGGUGAACAACUAGCAGCAGAAUCAUCAUAGGCUAGAAACAUGACCAUGUUUGACCAGACAGCAUCAUCCUUUCAUAGACGUUUUCCUAAAUAGAAAUGUUGUCACUUUCUAGAAAAAAAAUCAAGUGAAGGAAGUAGGCAAGUGGGUUAUUCUAGAAUGUGGGUGCAAUUACAGAGACAGCCUGUUUAGCAUCUUCUCUAAUCUUCCACUGUGCCUGAGCUUUCCCAUCUCUCCUCCAAGUUCUGUGGGGCUUUAGAAAAUAUUCCUGGCAACCAUAUAUAAUGUCCUCACAGUUUACAGCCUAUAAGGAAACGCUAUGCAAUUUUGGCAGUUUUUCCCUUUAAGAGAAUAAAACAAAUUAUUACUUUUUGGUUAACUAUUGUGGUUUCAAAAAUUCCUGUCUUUAUGUUCGUAUUCUAUCUCUUUUAGAUGAGGAUGGCAAUAACCAAUGGCCUGAAGGGCUGAAGUUUUUGUUUGACUCUGUCAGCUCUCAAAAUGUGGGACUGCGUGAAGCUGCGCUGCACAUCUUCUGGUAUACUAUUAUUUGCAGACAAGUGCAUGGUCAUGCAAGAUUGUCAGGUUGUUUAACAUUUCUGUUAGGAACCACAUCUUCAAACAUGACUUUCUGACUGGGUUGCAAGGUUCCUAGAAGCAAUUGGAUAAUGGUGGGUGAUCAUCCACAGGGAAGUUAUUGAGUGUAUUCUGGUGCAUGUUCCAAUUCACUUGGGGCAACAGUGAGACUUAACUGGCCUUACCGUUGCUCUGUGUGAGCUGAGUAUGAACUUUAGAUCUGGCAUCAGAGCUCUGACUUAACUCAGAAGAACUUUAUGGCAGACAGUUUGAUUUGCGGUGCUCUGCAUAAAGUUUUUAAGGCCUCAGGGAUGCUUAAAUGCACAUUUGUAUUGUCCCUUUAGGAACUUUCCUGGUAUUUUUGGAAAUCAACAGCAGCAUUAUUUGGAUGUCAUCAAACGGAUGUUGGUGCAAUGUAUGCAAGAUCAGGAGAAUCCCACGGUAAUUCAAAACUCAUUUCCUCUUUUGUCUGAAAAACUUGGUUAAUCUUGGAAUGUUUUCUACUCUAAAAAAGCAAACACCCGAAAUGAAAACAUGCCGCCUUUGUUGAACAGUUGAUAUCAUUGCAGAAGGAUAGACUACCUGGUUGGGAUGGAACUUGGAAGCAUUGUUUUACAGUAGUUUUUGUUCUCCUUGGGAUUGUGGUUCUGGCAUUUUCUUGUGCUUGUCUUGCUUGUUGCCCUGUGGAGCCCUUCAGGGUCCCAUCUUGUGUCUCAUGCCUACAUGAAACCAUUGGACGUGGACACCUGAGUUUUUGGGGAGUCACAAUGUGCUGAUGAUGCCCAGCUGUGUCUCUCCUUUGCAUCUAAAUUCAAGCAUUGUGUUCAAAGUCUGAAUUAGUGUCCAAUACUGGUAAUGGGUGAGAUGAGAGAGAACAAAUGGAAGCUUAAUUUCAGCAAAACACAAGUGUUCCUGAUCAAAUUAGAGAGAUUUUGCCUGCUUUUGAUAGAGAUGCACUUAUCUUUAAAAGUUGGAUUUGUGACUUGGAUAUUUUUCCCAACUCAGCCCUGAACCUGAAUGCUCAAUGUUUUUGCAAUGGCCAAGAAUUAUUUUGCACAGCUAGUAUGCCAACUUCAGCGAAGUAUCAGAUCUGGCCAAGGUGAUACAUGCUUAGGUUUCAUCUUAAUUAUAUCUUAUAGUACUGCAACAUUAUUUUUAUGUGGCUGCCUUUGGAGAGCAUUAGGAAACUGGUUCAGAAUGCUGUAGCCAGACUGACUUGGGACACUUAUAAGGAGCAUUCCUUAUACAGUGUACUGGUUGUGACCUACAAACCCUUACACAGCUAGAGACCAAACUACCUUAAUCACCAUAUUUUCCUAUAUGAGAUGUUUCUGAGAGACCCUACUUUUUAUCCUGCCAACAUCUGAAGCCUGUUUGGCAAGAACUAAAGAGAGAACCUUUCUAACUAGCUAAUCUUAGUCUCUGAGGGACCUGUUCAGCCCCUUUGCCUUACACCACAGGCAAGUACAUUUUUAUUCAGACAGGCCUUUGACCUAAUAAGCUGGUGUAUUAUAACCACUAAAUAAGUUGCAUUUGUCCAACAUAUUUGGACUUAACUGCAUCAUCUCAACCUGAUAUAAGAAGAAGGAAGCUCAGGAUGAGCAUAUCCUUUCUUCUGAGGAUGUUUUCUAGUUUACUGCUUUAGGAGGACAGUGUCUUGCUUUUUGAGCAUAAAGUUUUAGUACUGAUACUAUGUAUUGGAUCUCUGUACACAUACCUGUGGCAUGAACAAAUAAAUAUCUGGUGAGGAGGGAGUGGGUGUGAGUGCAAAAGUUAUGAGUACCUUUGACGUACAAGUAUGAAUUUAAAAGUUUGAGGAACACUGUAUGUUACUGAUGUUGCUAUUUUAUAUUCCUUCUAGAUCAGGACACUGUCAGCUAGGGCUGCGGCUGCAUUUGUUCUUGCUAAUGAGCAAAAUCUUCCUCUUCUAAAACAUUUUGCAGACUUACUUCCAGGAAUCCUGCAGGUAAAAACUCAUCCAUCAAAUUGACUGAAGUAUGUUACCUCCUAUAGGCUCUGGCUUGUAUUUUAAGAGUGUUGCUGUUUCCAUGUCAAUAAUACAUGAAUUCUAGUGUGAGCAUCAAGUACACUAGGUGUCAGUAGCAAAAGUUUAAAUACAAGGCAUAGCCUAAUAAAUAAUACACUGUAAAUGCCUAAAAUACAGAUUACGUGCUUCCUGAAUUUGAGCUUUACCGGAAUGUGUGCAAGGGCAGCUACUAUAUCCAAACACUAUAAGCGUUAAUUUUUGUAACAGGGAAGUUGGGAUUCUGUGGUAUAGGAGAACAGAAGAAUUAAGUUCCUCAUGUGACUCUGUGAUCCUCCGUUGCCCUAUCAGCAUUUUUUUCUUAAGCUUCAAAUCUGAAAAUUUGAAUGUUGAAAUUAAUCUCUAUACAGUCGUACCUUGGUUGUCAAACUUAAUCCGUUCCGGGAGCCAAUUCGACUCCCAAAACGGUUCGAAAACCAAGGCACAAUUUCCGAUUGGCUGCAGGAGCUUCCUGCACUCAAGCAGAAGCCACGUUGCACGUUUGGCUUCCAAAAAGUGUUCACAAACCGGAACACUCACUUCUGGGUCUGCGGCGUUCAGGAGCCAAAAUGUCUGGGUACCAAGGCAUUUGACAACCAAGGUACGACUGUAAUUGGACCUUUGUUUUUAUUGAGAGAGUCCUAACUGAAAGACUUGGUGUAACAUAUAUUGCCUUUUUGCUUCACAAAAUAUAUGGUCCCAUGCUAAAGAGAUAUUUUGAUAAGAAUUUUAACAAGGGGGAAAUAAAAUAAAAUAACAUAUAUCUACAGUGUAUCUUCUUGUUUAUUGCUAACCUCACAAUAUGUAAUGUAACCCUUAACAAUUCCAGUCAAACAUAAUAAUGUAUAGCAAUGACAGCCAACACGGUGCCCUAUAGAUAUUUUUUUUAAUUGCAACAGCCAUUCACCCCAAUCAGUCCACAAUAUCUGGAAGACCCCACAUUGCCUAUUCAUGGCAAAAUAUAGUAUCUGCAAAUAUAAAAGAUAAGUUACCAGUGUGGAAUGGAAGAUUUUGAAAUAUAUGAUUGGCAUUCUUUUGACUCCUGUUAAAACCCUUGUUAUUCUUCCAAGCUUUUAUUGGGUACUGAUGGGUGAUAUUUUGUACCUGCUUUGGCCAAGUCAGGGAAUGUUUUCCUAUAUGUCAGUCAGCUUUUAUGGCAUUGUAACAUGCAAGAUGGAAACAAUAAUCCGAGGUCCUGAAGCAAUAUGACCUAGUGCUAAGUCGAAAAUGAAGUAGAUAACCCUGGCCUAGGUUUUAAAAAAGAAAAUAGACUAUAGAAUAGAUCUGCAGUACUAUCCUAUGCAUCUCUACUCAGAAGUAAGUCCAAUUCAUUGGGGUUCCAUCCAGAUAACUGAGUAAAGGAUGUUAGUCUUAAUAGUUACAGCAGAUGUAAAAACAAUAUACAUUACGUUUCACACAAAAAAUCCCAGUCAUUGCAAGCAAAAAACAGGAAGUGCAUAUCUUUUUAUUAAGGUGCUAUGAUUUCUUUAGACCUUUAGCCCCAAGGGACACCUGAAAAUGGAGACAAAUUAGUAUUGCUAUUAUUACACCAAUUUGUAGACUACUUCACAGCAUAGAUCCAUUGAAGUGGUGUACUCAAUAAAAACAUUAUUCACAAGAGGCAGGAGGUGAGAGAGCUAAGGAGCACCCUGUAGGCUUUUAGUCUCCUAAUCAUAGUUAAGGGAUCAGGCGGUAUUGCAUCUUCACUAGGCAGGAGAUUGAGAGGGAGAAGAGCAAUGUGAGCAAAUAAAACAUGCCUUUGUUUUAUUUGAUUAUUUGAAAUAACUCGGUGAGACAAGAUACUUUUUCAACCUUUUGAGCUCUCCAGUAUGUCCUCUAGUCUUUGGUUCCGUGUUUUGGUUGCAGUGUCUUGAAGCACUGAAUGGUGUCUUCCUAACACAGUGUUUGGAUUUGAAUGUGAAUUACAGGUGAAAAAGAUACUAACUGAAUUCUCUUUUAGGCGGUAAAUGACUCCUGUUACCAAAAUGAUGAUUCAGUACUGAAGUCCCUUGUAGAGAUUGCAGAUACAGUUCCAAAGUAUCUACGGCCACACUUAGAACCUACAUUGCAACUAAGUUUGAAGGUAAGUUGAUUGUCCCAUCCCAAUUCAUGUUUUGGUUGAUUAGAUAGGUGGCCUGAUUUUUAGUACUAUACUUCAAUAUCUUUCUUUUUCAGUUGUGUGCAGAUACUAAUCUCAGCAACAUGCAACGUCAACUGGCUCUUGAAGUAAUAGUUACAUUAUCUGAGACCGCAGCUGCUAUGCUUAGAAGGCAUAUCAAUAUUGUUGCACAAGCUAGUAAGUAAAUUUAUUGUCUUUUAUUAUAUUUUUUCUCAGUUAGAAUUAAAACAGUUAAUGUGGCAUAGGUUUGUAGAUUAGGUAAAAGACACAUACCCUGGUCUUACACAGUAGGCACAGAGCUGUUUUUUAGAAGCCAAAAUCCUACUGAUCUACUCUAGUCCGCUCCCCAAACAACCAGAAGUACGGUGUUUUGCCUUUUUUAUAAGACUCUGUCAAGUAUGCAGCCCUGACUGUUGAAUCUAAAAUGGGGCCAGCAUGAAGCAAAAAUAAAACACUCAUUAACUUUAUUAAUAUGGGCACCACAUGCCUGUUAAGAAGGUAUUCUCAGUGCUGCCUGUGAGCUGAUUUUUUGUGACCCAAGAGCGGCUUAAUAGAUUGUUCUUGAUUUUGUUUUUAUUAUGUGUUUUGUAUUUUUGUACAGUAUUGUGGUUUUAUGUUGUGAAUUUCCCUGAGAUCUGCUGGUAUAGGGUGGUAUACAAAUUUAAAUACCGUAUUUUUUGCUCUAUAAGACUCACUUUUUCCCUCCUAAAAAGUAAGGGGAAAUGUGUGUGCAUCUUAUGGAGCGAAUGCAGGCUGCGCAGCUAUCCCAGAAGCCAGAACAGCAAGAGGGAUCGCUGCGCAGCGAUCCCUCUUGUUGUUCUGGCUUCUGAGAUUCAGAUUUAUUUAUUUCCUUAUUUCCCUCCUCCAAAAACUAGGUGCGUCUUAUGGUCUGGUGCGUCUUAUAGAACGAAAAAUACGGUAAUAAUAUUAAUAAUAUAUUAAGCUAGUUUCUAUUGAGUCAGUUCAACGGUCCAUCUAGCCCACUUCCUACCUUGCAACCAUUUUUAGGUAGAAAUGCCAGGGAUUUGGCUUGGUGCCUUCUGCAUGCAAAGCAUGUGCUAUAAUAAUCCUUCCCUGUGGGGCAAUUGCACAGAUAUAAUUCGGAACUGGUGCCCCACAAUCCAAAAUUACUCUGUUGGUAUGCGUUGUGGCAGAGUGAAAUAUGGACAAGUGCCACAUUGCUUCAUGAAUUCUACUGGGAUGUGAGGUGGCUGUUCACGAGCAGUCAGAUCUCUGUUAGACCUUUUUCUGUAGAUUGAGCAAUGUUAAUUUCCUUAGUUCCUCAGAUGUUAACAAUGAUGGUUGACCUAGAAGAAGAUGAAGACUGGGCAAAUUCUGAUGAGUUAGAAGACGAUGACUUUGACAGGUAAACGAGUUGUUUUUAAAAAAGAAAAAAAAAUCAUAUGCUUUGCCAUUCUCAAGGGCUCCCUUUCAUUGCAAGCUUUUCUUUGGUACCUACUGUGAUGUUAACAUAUGAGAGUGCUGGAGGUGAAAUAGUUAAACAGGUUACCCAAUCAGAACCCAGGGGGUGGAGUCAGAGGGACUAUAAAACCAGCUCUGAGCGGGGCGAAUGAGGAGCUCGUUGGGAGGUUGGUUGGAGUGGGAGUGAAUUGGGAUAGAGUCUGGGGGUAGGUUGAGUUAGUGUAGCGAAAUAAGCUGAGUCAGGAACAGUUAGGAGCUAGGAAGACAAGUAAAUAUCUGAGAGGUUGUUUAGUGAGUAAGAGCGGGUAGUGGAAGUUAUAGGUCUGGAUAGGCACCCUAUGAUUGUAAUUGACCGAUACCGUUUAUGAAACCACACGCUUGUUAAACUGCAAUAAAUAAACAGAAGUCUAUGUUUCAGUUUAAACCUGACUGGACUCAGUAUUGUACCAGGAAGGGCCUGGGUGGUGGCAGCGAGAAAUAAAGUGGUGGCACAGGGAUCAAUAGACGGUGAAACGUCCAGGGACCCUGUGUGAUCGCCACACCUGCUGGCUUGCAUACCAUUACCUGUGUAUGCAACAUCCCCACGUUGAGCUGCCAGGUUUUAAAUGUCGCCUUCAUGCAAAGGUGUUCAAAUGGGAGCUAAUGUGAUACAUAAUUAGCCCUUAGGUUGAUGCAGGUAAGAAAAUAAUGGUGCUUAACUUUUCUCACCUUAAAAACCCCAGAUUUUUGCAAAAGAGAAUCCUUUCUUACAAAACACACUUUGCUGAGAACAAGUACUGAGAUCCUACCUGUCUGUAGAGAAGAUCUCAUAUCCUGUAGGGGCCGUAGUGGAAGUGGGAACAAAAGCCCCAGUUGUACAUGCUGUUCUUAAAUCCAAGGCAAUGUUGAUUACAUCUUAUAACAGUAAUCUGUCUCUCUUACUAGAUGCUUCUAUAAAAAUCAUUUGUUAUGUGAUUUCUAGAGGCAAGCAUGGUCCUUCUCAAUCGUUCCUUUUAUUGAAACCAGAGUUUUCAGAAGCAUAGAAUUUAGUUGUAAAGGGAUAAUCUUAGAAUACAAUAAGGUAGAUCGGUGUGUUGAUGCAUAUCAGUAAUUUGUUUCAUGUUUCCGAUUUGUACAUCAGCUUUUUAUUUAAGUGAUUUAUUCGCAUUUAUUGAUAUAGCCAUUAAAGUAUAGUUUACAACGUGCCAGGAGCCCUCUGCUAUAUUUAGAACAUAUCUUUUGCUUUCUUGGCAACUACUUGGUAAAUUAUGUGUAUGCCAGAAACAAAAAAUAAAUGGCAUAUUUACUCAAGCAGUUUGUUCACAUGCUGGAGUGUACUCAAGCUUACUUAAAGACUGUAACUAAUUUUAUGUUGAUAUUUCAACCAUUUAGAAUUUGUAUAGGAGCAGGAAACUGAAUAAAAGAUACUUCCUAGGACUGGUUACUUUAUGAUUAUAGCAGUAUUUGCAAACAGUAAGACAUGGACUGUGUUUGAUCUCCUAUUAAAGGGCUCAACGUUUGUUUAAGUGUCAUGUGUAACAAAGAAAAGAAAGAUUUUUUGAAGGACAGAAAAAUAAUGCACUAACAAUAUACUGUCAGUAUUCAAAGGCCAUUGGUAUUUCCCUCUAAAAUGAAACAUAACUCAAUAUGAACCCUCCAGAUGUUCAAAUAGCUAUCUGCAUGAAAUUGGCAUUGAUUAAACAUACGUUCAAAUGCAGCAAGGGCCUUGUAAGUUCUCAGACCGUUGCACAAUGGGCAGUAAGCAUUUAUCCUUCCAGGAUCAAGGUGUAUGUCUCUUGACAACCAUAAGUGCUCACAAUAUCCAUUUCUUGUCCUGCUAUUAACGUGCAUACUAUAAGAAUAUAGUUUAAAAAUACAGCACCUGCAAUAAAAAACAGUAAAAAAAACCACCUGCAGAUUGAUUUUGCCAGUACAAAAUUUAUAUGAAAUUCAGCUUUAGACUAAAAAGAAUAUAUCACUGAGGUCUUUCAGUAUUGCACCUCCAGCAUCUAACUGUAUUAGACAGUGCCUUCCUCUACAAAUGUUGUGGAAUCUAAUAUACCUGAAACAACAUUUUUGCUGCAUCCACCUCUGUUAUAAAUCUAAAGAAACUUUCUGUAUAGAUUCUGAAGCAGUUUCCAUUGUUUCGGUUUCGUUUAUCUAUUUAUGUCAUUACAUUUUAUAUCCCAAUUUUCCUCCAAGGAGGUCAAAAUGGCACAUAUCCUCUCCCCCUCCCCAUAUUAUCCCAGCAACAACCCUGUCGUGUAGGUUAGACUGAGACGCCAAAGUUUCUGAGCAUCUACUUUACAAAGGUCCAAUAAGCAACUAUAAAUAGUAGUUGUGGAUUUAACUUUCUGAGAAGAUCCAGUAAUUCCUUCCAACAAUUCAGGAGGUGCCAAAGCACUCAAAGCAGUUGGUUUAUAAAUAGACACCAACAGGUGUUGUAAUUGAAGAUAUUGUUGUUCAGCACUCUCCAAUAAAUGAUAUAUAAACCAAAGCAUUGAAAAUGACAAAAAUUCUCCCAUUUGAACCUUUCAGCUGUAUAAAUUCCUCAGUCAACCUAUUUCUUCCACACAAAAAGACUGCCACUAUCUUAAAAUUAGAAUUACCCCAUAAUUUGUCACGUGCAUAUGGGUCAAAUUGUAACUGACAAGACAAUGUAUAUUAUGUCUCUUUAGUUGCUAUAAUUUUAGAUGCUAUAGGUCUUUUUCUUCUUUAAUCAUUAGAUCCCAAAAUUAGCCACAUCCUGAGAAUUCUUAAAAUGGCCACUAGCACACAGUCUCCUAAACCACAAGAUAAGCUUUAAGUUUUCUGAAUUUAAAGGGCACCUGUUCUCUUUUUUUUAGGAUAACCUAAGUCCUUCACAUUCCAUGUGCAAAUUUAAAGUCAUAUGAUGGUUUCAUUACUAGUAUUAUAUUUGUCACAAAUAUGUUUGGAACACUUAUUACUCUUCCCCAACACAACAACUGUAAAAUCUCCGAAUGCUCAGGCAUGUAACACUACUAAAAAUCCAUAUAAAUCACAAAGACAGUGUAUUUGUUGAUAAGCUAGGAGGAUACUUUCUAGGCAUCUAUAUUACAGUGUAGAAACCACAAGAUCCUUAUAACGUAAAUAUCUAUAGUAUGUAUCCAUGCUGAGCAAACAGAUUAAACAGGCAAUUUGUGUAAAUGUUGACAUAGCACCAUCUGUAAAAACUUGCAAGGCCAAUUAAAAAAAGAGAGGGCAGGGGGAGAAGAAAAAUGCAUAUCCAAAAACCAAGAAAAGGGAGGACAAAAAACCCCACUACAACUUUCAUAUUUGAUAACAGCAUACCUCAUUCGCCGCCCCUGCCUCCCAUCCCAUUGUCUCCUUAGAUUUUUCACACACAAAAAUAGAACACACUGGAAUCCAAUACUGCGAUAAAAGUAAGGGUUGACUACAGACGUAAUAUGCAAACAAUUUUUCUGUUAGUCAGUGCUUGUUUGACCAUAUUACAGGGCUGCUGAUGGAAGGAGUCCUUAGGUUUUUCUUUAAAUAUUGGUUCAAUAAAGUAAUGCUUGUUCUCAUUUCUGAGAAACUGACUCCUAAAUUAAGGGUAUCUCGGGGUGCAGCUUAACCUAUGCAUUUGCUGCUCAUAUGACAGGCCAAUCAGAGUGAUGGAAGCCCUGAGGAGAUAUGGCUUUAUUUGGUAUUCAUAACAUUUGUUCUGUAUUUUUUCUGUAUCAGGUCGGUUUUUGUUGUAGCAUCUAAUUCAUUCUGUAGUCUCUUGAGAAUAUACAGUGGUGCCCCGCAAGACGAACGCCUCGCAAGACGGAAAACCCGCUAGACGAAAGGGUUUUCCGUUUUGGAGGCGCUUCAUAAGCAAUUUCCUAUGGGCUUGCUUCGCAAGACGAAAGCCCAUAGGGAAAUCUCCAGGGACCUCUUUUAAAUGCUAGCGGUGGGGAGCAAAGCCUUCCCCCCGACCUUCAGUCGCGGUCCAGGAAGGCUGGGGGGGGCCGAAUGGCUUUGCCCCCCACCGCCAGCAUUUUAAAAGCAGUCCGGGAUAGCAGGGAAGCGCUUCCCGCUAUCCCGGACGGCUUUUGAAGGCAGGAGAGGUCCGCGAAGCCUGGGCGCGCUGAUCUCAGCGCGCGCAGGCUUCGGCAUGCCGGCAACUCUCCGCAAGCAGCGGCAGCGCUGCCGCUGCUCGCGGAGAGGUCCGCGAAGCCUGGGCGCGCUGAUCUCCGCGCGCGCCGGCUUCGGCGGGCCGGCUACUCUCCGCAAGCAGCGGCAGCGCUGCCGCUGCUCGCGCAGAAGCCUGGGCGCGCUGAUCUCAGCGCGCGCAGGCUUCGGCAUGCCGGCAACUCUCCGCAAGCAGCGGCAGCGCUGCCGCUGCUCGCGGAGAGGUCCGCGAAGCCUGGGCGCGCUGAUCUCAGCGCGCGCAGGCUUCGGCAUGCCGGCAACUCUCCGCAAGCAGCGGCAGCGCUGCCGCUGCUCGCGGAGAGGUCCGCGAAGCCUGGGCGCGCUGAUCUCAGCGCGCGCAGGCUUCGGCAUGCCGGCAACUCUCCGCAAGCAGCGGCAGUGCUGCCGCUGCUUGCGGAGAGGUCCGCGAGCCUUGGCUGGACAGCUUUUGAAGGCAGGUGGGGGGAAAAGACUUUCGCCCCCCCGCCAACCUUCAGAAGAGGUCCAGGACCUCUUCUGAAGGCUGGCGGGGGGCACAAGUCUUUGUCCCCCCUGCCUGCCUUCCCAGGGGCUUUUAAAUUGCCCCGGACAGCGGAGAAGUCCUCCGCUGUCCCGGGGCCCUUUUAAAAUGCCGCCCGCCAGCAUUUUAAGAUCGCCCGGACAGCGGAGAAGCCCUCCGCUGUCCCGGGUUUUUAAAAUGCUGGGGUGGGUGGGAAGAAAAGCCCUUGUCCCCCCCAGCCUUCAGAAGAGGUCGGGGACAGACUGUCCCCGGACCUGGUCUGAAGUCGGUUUCCUAGGAACGCAUUAAUUGAUUUUCAAUGCAUUCCUAUGGGAAACCGUGCAUCGCAAGACGAAAAACUCGCAAGAAGAAAAAACUUGCGGAACGAAUUAAUUUCGUCUUGCGAGGCACCACUGUACUUUGUUUUGAGAUAAUGGCAGUGAACCUUUUCUUUGUUUACCCAAUUUUUUCUCUUAUUUAUUUUAUUUCAUAAUAAAGUAUCAUUUUUUAAAAAGGAAUACAAACAAUAAUAUGUAACAAUCUGUAAGAGCAUAAUAAAAAGGCCACAGUUCUAAGUUGGAGGAAUGUCCUCAGUCACAUCACGAUUUAAUGCCACGUACGCCUUUGCAAUGAAGAUAAGCCGUAGUCACUUCAAAUUAGUAUCUCCAGUCCAGCAGCGAUAGCAGAAGAGAAGGCCUUAAAGCACUGGAACAUUUCACUCUGCAUCUGAUGUUUGAUUUAUUCCAGGGAUGUGUUGUUCCUCUGCUUUGUACUGGGAUGAAAAAUGAAUGUUGUUGAUCACUUAUACAAAAGCAAAAAGUAGCAGGGAAACUUACCAAGUAAAUAAUUUCCUGUUGCCAUGCUUCAUUAAAAAUCUCUGUUGACUAGAGUCUCUUUUGUGCAAUCUGAAAAUAGCAUAAUAUUAUGCUGUUCCAUUCCUCACUGAAGUUACCCCUUUCUGGCACAUUGCAGCGGAAACUCUCAAACUUAAAAUGGGGGGAAAAAAUAUAUCAAAAAAUUGGCAAAGUUUAUCUGUAACCUGUAAAGAGAGGGCUGAUAUCUGGUGAGCCCGAUCUCUACCAAGUUGAUAAUAUUCAGGUAAUGCCAAUAUCUUUCAUAAAACAUUUUCAAUGAACUUAACGGGCUGAUCUUACUUUUGGCCAGAUUGCCAAGAAUCCAUAUUGCAUUUUUGUGUGCGGUUUUCAAGUUGAAGCAUUCUAGCCAUCAUCACAUAAGUAGAUUUUUGUAGUGCCGCCAUUGAUGUGUCAUAUGCAGCUGCACUGUUGUCCAAUUUAGACAUUCUGGAUUCUGCUUGAUCAAGCCUAGCUGCAGUGCUCUGUACAGAAUCAUGAAGCUGAUCAACGGAUUCUUUAAUAGGCUUUUAUAGCUUUUCUUGUCCAGCCAUCUUUUUAAGAAUUGACAUUAUUGGAAUAGGUCAGUCAUUAGAGCAUGUGACGCUUAUGCUCAGGGUUGUGGGUCCAUGCCCCACGUUGGGCAAAAGAUUCCUGCAUUGCAGGGGGUUGAACUAGAUGACCCUUGUGGUCCCCUCCAGCUCUAGAAUUCUAUGAUUCUAGAAUCUUCAGCAAUUCCCACUGUCCCUGAAGCCUGAGACUGUGAGAGACUGAUGUCUUCAAGUUCGUGGCAGAUGCGCUUGAGUUUUAGAUGCCAUGAUCUCACAGAAAAUCACUCUUUGAAAAAUAAUCACCUGCUUUCAGUCCACUGGGUCAGUUUGUGUAAUUAUCAGGCCCACAAUUCCAGGAGUAACUGAAGAGUAUCUGACUAUGCCAUCAUUUGAAACCAGAAGUCAACUUUUAUUAUUGAUAUGCUGAUUUCGGGGGGGCAUAGCCCAUCUCCCAGUAUGAAAUAUAAAAUUCAGUAUAUUAAAUGUCUUGAUGAAUUUAUAUUAAGAACAGAAGUGGGUUUAAUAAAAAAUCUAUGCAAAUAGAUUUCAGUUUUAAAAUGUGUCAUGAAAGCUGUGCCUCUGAAUACCUUUGCAUCUAAUGGAUAAAGUACACAUUGUUUUCCUGAGAAAUCAAAAAUACUAGGAAGCAUAUCUGAAGGAAUACAACUGAGUACUUAAUUUAUUGGGUUGGAACUAGUUAAGUCAUUCUUGGAGGAGAUUGCAUUGAAAUUGGCAGAUUAAAGUCAGUCAAGACUAAAUUGCAAGCCCAUUGAUUUCAUAGGGUCUGCUUUGAAUAUGACUUUGUUGGAUGCAAUGCAUUGGCUAUUAUCCUAAAUUUUGACUUACAGGUUUUUAUUUUUUUACAAACUUACUUUAGCAAUGCUGUUGCUGGUGAGAGUGCGUUAGACAGAAUGGCUUGUGGCCUUGGUGGAAAACUUGUCCUGCCUAUGAUAAAAGAACAUAUUAUGCAGAUGCUUCAGAAUCGUAAGUAAUUUAAUUUUGGACUCAAGGCAGAUGUUACAACAUGCUAAUCAGUGGUAAUGCUUCUGGUGCUGAGCUGUUAAAACAAGUGAAAAAUGUCAGGCUUAAGUAACUUUGAAGCCAGUGGCAAGGUGCAAUUUGUUCUUUCAGCAACAGUUCUGAGUGAUCUUUAGUAGGAGCUUCUUGUGCAGUUAUUGCUUGUAGGAGAAGAGAGCUAUUCAUUUUUCCUAAUAUUUAAAGUUUCUGGGAACGGAUUCAUCAGGAUUGAUUCUGUUCUGCAAUCCAAGAUUGUUCUUCACUGUGACUGUAAACCCUUCCUCCAAUUCAAGGAGUGUCCCAAGUGUGUGAACAGGAGUAUCAAUGUGUCAUUCUCCUUAUUUGUCCAAACAAAUAAAUGGGUGGUAGGAUUUCAUCUGCCUGCCUUGCAUUCUAACCUUUGCUAUAAUGCAGAUGUGGAGAAUUAGACCGAGUCAAAUCCGUACUUUUCCCAGCUCCUGUGAGCGAACUUUCAGCUUGUGGGCAAGACCACCAAUCUGUUACCUGAUGUCAUAAUUAUGACAUGUGAUUGACAGCUUUCAAAGUCCAGCAGAAGUUGCUAUAACAGCUGAUCUUCGUUUACAGGAAUAUACUUUGAAAUCUGUGGAGGGGGAAAUACUGCUAAAAGCCGAGCGCUUUACCUCUGGAAAGGAAAAAAAUCUGUUUUUAAACCACUGGAGGAAGCAUGUGCUCCCCUUUCCCAAUUCACAUUGCUUGUGGCUUUUGAUAUGGCAGGCCUUGGUUCCUUAAUAUCAGUUUACUGACCAGGAUCUCAAACCACAAUGUGCAGCUUGAGAGAAAAAAGGAUGAAGGUUGUAUUCACUUCUUAGAAUAAGAGAGAGAGCCACUGAAAUUGGCUUGAAGAGAUUUAUGUUAUGUGUAAAAAUAUAUUCCUAGUUUCUGUAUGCUUAAUAAUAAUAAUAAUAAUAAUUUUUAUUUAUACCCCGCCCUCCCCAGCCAAGGCUGGGCUCAGGGUGGCUAACAAACAAUAAUAAAAACAAGUUGAAUGAAUACAACUUAAAAACAAGAUUAAAAUACAACAUUAAAAUAUUGAAACAUUAAAAUAUUAAAAUGCAGCCUCAUCACAGGAGGAGAAAAGAAAAAGAAUUGUUUUACUAAACAAUAUUUCUUCUAUUCAAUAUCUUUCAAUGCAGCUGACUGGAAGUGUAGACAUGCUGGCUUGAUGGCUCUCUCAGCUAUUGGCGAAGGCUGUCACCAACAGAUGGAGGGGAUUCUGAAUGAAAUAGUUAACCUGGUUUUGCUUUUUCUUCAGGACCCUGUAAGUUUAAAGCACUUGCCUUCUUCAAAGUUUGCAUUUGAUUAUUUUAUGAAUUUAUUAAUCAAAGCUAAAUAUUUCAGCACCCAAGAGUAAGAUAUGCAGCUUGCAAUGCAAUUGGCCAGAUGGCUACAGACUUUGCACCAGGCUUCCAGAAAAAAUUCCAUGAGAAGGCAAGUAGAAAGCUAUGUAAUUCAAUAUCAGCCAAAUUCAUUCUGAGACAAUUCACUCACAGUAGCCAUCUGUGUUGUAGGUAAUUGCAGCUCUUCUGCAGACCAUGGAAGACCAAGGCAAUCAGCGAGUUCAGGCUCAUGCAGCCGCUGCUCUGAUCAACUUUACUGAAGACUGUCCCAAAUCACUGCUUAUUCCUUACUUAGAUAACUUAGUGAAGCAUCUUCAUUCCACUAUGGUAUUAAAAUUGCAGGAGGUAAGACAAUCAAUUGGAGGAUGAUUUGAAAGCAGAAUUGGUUUGACUAAAAUCCUGCUUUGAGAUUUCAUGAAGUUUUUUAAAAAAUAAUAAAUUUUUUUACUCCCAACAGCUGAUUGAAAAAGGCACUAAGUUGGUUCUGGAACAGGUCGUUACAUCCAUUGCAUCAGUUGCUGAUACAGCAGAAGAAAAGUUUGUUCCAUACUAUGAUUUAUUUAUGCCUUCUCUUAAACACAUUGUUGAGAAUGCUGUGCAGAAGGAACUUAGACUCUUGAGAGGGAAAACCAUAGAAUGCAUCAGUUUAAUUGGCCUUGCAGUAGGUAAAGAAAAGGUAAGUUGAUAAGAAUUAAAUAAGCGCCUAUGUUUUCAUGGGAGAUAGCUUUGUGUGUGCAAAUACCCCAGAAUACCAGCAGCUGGGAAUCACAAGGGGGUAGAGUGCUGUUGCGGUCAGAUACUGCUUUUGGGCUUCCCAUAGGCAUCGGGUUUGUUAUUAUGAGAGCAGGAUACUGUACUCUAUGGGCCACUGACCUGAUGUAGCAAGCUCUUGUGUUAUUAAUGUAUGCUGACUAUUGAUACUACUGCUAGUGGUUACAGGGAACCAGGCAGAGGGCGUUCUCAAUAGUGGCGCCCUCCCAGUUUUUCAGUUGUGUAUUGUGACCUCCAGCCCCCAAAAAGUUUUAUACCCCUGUCUUAGUGCAAUAUGAUCAAACCUCAGUCAGCCCAAAGCUCUCAUGCUCCCCUCUUCUCCCACAUAGCUAGGAGAAGGUUCUUGAAGCUUUUGAUCUAUUUUUUAUGUAACCACAGUUUCCUAUGUACUGUAAACCAGUGCAUGCACUUAAAACAAUGUUAUUUAAGAAAGCCAGCUUCAGAAAUUAUGGUUUGAAGUUGUCUUGUUUCAGAUUGCCCAUAGUUGGUGUUAGCUGCUGAUAGUUGAUGCAACAAACCACGGUUAACUGAAAAGAUGCAAAAGCUCCCAAAUUCGUCUUCAGUCACACAGCAGGAGUGGGGAGGGAGGGAUUCCAUGAGGCCAAGUCAUCCUCUGGCUCUUUAAUUGUGUACUGAACAGUAUUGUAUUCAAGCCAGGAACAGCUGGCAUGGUGAGGUGGUGCUGUGAAGCCACACUCCCAAAACUGGCAUCGCUGUCACGCAUCAGAGUAAGGGUUGCGUGGAUGCACUGACAGCUCUCUCUAUGUGCCUUUUCAGCCCAAAAUCUCACCUCUGUCCUAGUGAGCAGCAGCAACACUGGUGUUAGGAGGCAGCCCUGCCCAAGACAUCUGAAUGACCAGUUCUAAUUCUUUAUUAAGAAAGUUACAGACCUAUAGCUAAUCAGCCUGCCAGUUCUCCUAGCCUUUGCAGACAUGGGAUGGAGUCCACAGCUAGGAGAUGACUUGUCCACACCUAAGCAAAAGUGCCCACAUUCUUUAUAAACAAAACAACAUCCAUCAUGCUGCCCAGGACCUCCCAUUGCUUCCCCUGCCCAGAUGAAGGCAUAGGUGGCAAAUACCCAACUAUUACAGAUAGUUCUCCUUUCUGGGCUUAGAGCCCAGGACCCCAAGCCCACCGAUAAGGAUAACAUCAAAGCAAGCCAAUUAGUUUAUAUCAAAGCAAGUGAAUAUAAGCAUAUAUGAGCUCAUUUCUACAACAACUACCAAUUAAUUGUAGAGUUAUCUUGACUACCAAGAUGGCAUUAGCAGAGCUUCUGUAACAGUUCAUCUUUGGUUCAACACACAAACUGAAAAUAAAUUUGGUUGUUUUAUGUGUUUGGCUAUUAUUUUAUGAUUUUCGCUUAGAACCUUGUUCUCUGCUGUAUUUCAGUAUGUAGUAGGCUCUCUCUGUAAUAACUCAUGAACUCACAUUUUCUCCUGGGAUCUCCAGGGUUUUUAAGAUAGCAUAAAUGACUAAUCUAAAGCUGGCAUUCUAAAUGAAGUAGGUUCUUAGAGGCCAACUAGAUAGAUCCUGUUUCUUCCCUGUGGUGUCAGAUUUCUGUAGCUCAUCUGGACUCUCCAGUUUAGUAUGGAUGGUGAACCCAUGUUUAUUUGCAACACUACUGUGGUGCUUUCAUAUCCUUUCUGGUCUCUUAUAAGAAACUAUUGUCUUGAAGUGUAAUCCAUUCAGGUUGCUUUGGUGUGGCGACUGUUGCAUUUGUGCAGGUGUUUGGAUUACAUAACUGUUUCCAUCUGGCGCUACAAUUCUUUUCUGAAAUUUUGAAUAACUAUAUAAGUUAGCAGCAAGCAGCAUCUGAAUGCACUUGGUUUCACUGCUUUUGAUGUCACUUCAAAUGUUCAUAACUUCAUUGCAGUGUUCUUGCAUUCUUUGAUUGAAACCAGUUUAAAACCAUGAGUAUCUUUUCACAAGUUUUAAGCUUUUUACUUAGAAAAUAACUAUUUAGCCGCCCUGACAUAAUUUCUUGGUUCUUCCUAUUUAUAGUUCAUGCAGGAUGCAUCAGAUGUGAUGCAGCUCUUGCUGAAAACACAGACUGACUUCAAUGACCUGGAAGAUGACGACCCUCAGGUAUGUCAAAGCAUUACUUUUACCUUUGAAAGCACCUUAUUACUAGAGUAUCUCUUGCCUGUUGUCAGGGCGGUGGCUGUUUAGAAAGCUGAUCCAUACUUUGGCCAAAAUUUCUGUUGCCACAUGCAUUUUUAGUAGGAUCUGUAGAUUAAAAGGUUUCUGUGGCAAUGUGACUUGUUUUAGUUUUAGCUUGGUUCGAGAUUUCACUGUACGUAAGUGGCCCAAAUCUGCCUUUUUCCAGUUGGUUGUAUUAAGAGAAGGGAAAAGCUGUGGAACUAAUGCUAGCUUUAUACCAAACUAGCUAAAGGCUCAUUGUGUGAUAGAGUAGAGAUGAGAUGGAAAAAAAUCUGAGACUUUUCUCCAACCCCAUUCAUCAUUGUACUGGGUGAUUGGUGAGUUCCAAUCUUCAGUAGCUUCUGCAUUUGUCCCACUGCUCUCUGGAGUCACUUUUUCCUAUAGUCACAUUCCUUGCCUAUAGGGACAGUUCGUAUACAGAAAAUAGGAUUCACUGGGGAAGCCAGAUAAGGAAUAUGCUUUGUUUAUAACAUUGGUAUAGUACAGUUCUCUGGUACUUUCCUACAUCUUUAUCAAUGCAGUAUUCAGAAACCACUUUUGACUGGAGUCAAAAGUUUUGACUUUUUAAUUUCCUGCUGAGUGUUGUGGCUCCAGCUGAUUGCAGUUUUUGUUAUCUAAUGGGAGAGUGGCUUUUGGCUACCAAGAUGAAAUGUUCCCUUCUCAUCAUACCUUUGCCCAUGAACUUACUAGAUGGCCUUGGGCAAGCUAUUCUUUUUCAGCCUCAGCCCUAUCAGCAGUAUGGGGACUUAGAAUGCUCCCCCUAGAAAUCUUCAAAACUACAAUUUUGAAAUGCUAAGGAUUACUGCUCAGCUGUUGCCUAUAGAAAAUAAUUCCUAACAAUGUGAAGCAUCUGUACGACUUAAUUUUUAAGAUGGGUUUGAUUUUUGCUCAGCACAGGCAGUAAUGCAACUUUUAAGAAAGUAUGCUUGCAGAAAAGAAAAGUAAACUAAGGCUAUUAAUUUUCAGAUAUCGUAUAUGAUUUCUGCAUGGGCUAGAAUGUGCAAGAUCCUUGGAAAGGAAUUCCAACAGUACCUCCCUGUUGUGAUGGGUCCUUUAAUGAAAACUGCAUCAAUUAAGCCCGAAGUGGCUCUCCUUGACAGUAAGUUCUGAGACUUAUUCCAUUCUUAAAUUAGCUGUAAGGAAGGGCACAGCUCUCCUAAUCAUUUUCUCUCUCGAUAGCACAAGAUAUGGAGAACAUGAGUGACGAUGAUGGCUGGGAAUUUGUAAAUCUGGGUGACCAGCAGAGUUUUGGUAUCAAGACUGCAGGCCUUGAAGAAAAAGCAACUGCAUGCCAGAUGUUGGUGGGUACUAUUUUGACCACACGGUUUGAACUGAAAUCAGUAUUCAGCAGUAUGGAGGCCCAGAAGCUGGAGUAGACUGCAGCUCAGGAGCUGAAUUUGGCUCAUGGGCAAUUAAAAUUUAGGAGGAUGUAGCAAGAAGGGUGGAAUAGCCUGGUGACUCAGUAGGCUCUUUCACGCUAUUAAUGAUAGGGAGCAUUUGCCCUUGGGAAUAGAGAAGAGAAAGUGGGACCAACUUUAGUGAAAGAAGGGUAUGGACAGACUAGAUAACACUUGUGGAAUUUUAUUGUUGUUAAAAGAUUUAAUUGUUCUGUAAAAUCAAAGACUUGUAUGAAUGAAUUAAUCAGACAAAGUGCACCAACUUAUCACAAGCGACACAAGAGUGUCCCAUUUUCCUUUAUCUUUGUAGGUGUAGUUUUCCUGUUUGCUUAAUUGUUUCUCAAUAUACCUGAUGGUCAUUUAAUAAGUGCACAACAGUAUUCCUUUUCUAAAUUGCUUACAUUUUUUUGUUUUAGGUUUGCUAUGCCAAAGAGCUGAAAGAAGGAUUUGUGGAGUACACAGAGCAAGUUGUAAAACUGAUGGUUCCUUUGUUAAAAUUCUAUUUCCAUGAUGAUAUCCUUUUACAAGAAUGUGUCUAUAAAUGUCUUGUGAAGUUUUAAUAUUAUAACCUGCAAAAUGUUCACAAAUACUUUGAUGUCAUCCCGUAAGCCAGAGGUUCCCAGUUUGCUAAGUACUGGAACCCCCUGCUUUUCAAAAGCCAAGCCAUGGACCCCCCCAUCUUCAAAAAAUUGCUAUCUCUGUGGUAGGUUUUGUAAUGUGAAUGGUGCUACGGACCACCACCACCUCCAGCAUCUAUGGACCAACAGUUGGGAACCACUGCUGUAAGCUAUUUGGAAGAGCUGCAAGAUCUUGUCAUUGAGGCAGGAUAGAACUCAUACAGAAUCAGCAUAUUAAGAAUCUUAAAGGGCUGUUAGAAUGGUACCCCUCUUCUUUAAGGCUUUUCCGUGGCAAAUGUGCAUAAUUCUGCCUUGGUUUCCAUAUUUAGGGAUGGGGAAUCUCCAGCUUACAAGCUGAAUGUGACCUGUAGGAUCUCCCCAUCCAGCCCACAGCCUCCAAAAUAACUACAGUACUUCCAUUAAUGCCACCAGUAGGAACUUUUGUAAGCCUGAUAGCCACUUGGGGGUGAUUUUAAGAGGGGAGCUUCACAGCUGAGAAAGGAAGAGUUAAAUCUCCUUUCUCCAUGCACUGUAACAUACAUGCACACACACAAAAAAAAUUCCUCUCCACAUAUACUAGUUUGGCUCAAAAACAUCUUGUGCUGGUGGAAACUGAUUUUUAAUCCUAAUUGUUUAGGCCUGGAAGAGGGGGUUGUUUGUAAGAGGGAGGGAGGGAGUGGUUCUGAGCCUCGCCCAGUGUUGACAUGCAACCCAAACAAAUUUCACCAAAAGGGUUGUGGUCCUCAAGGGCAGGGGGGAGGUUAUCCAGCCCCUGGUGUGUAGGAUUCUAAUUUAGCUGCGAUGAUGCAAAGGCCUAUACAGUGGUACCUCGGGUUAUAUAUGCUUUAGGUUACAUCCGCUUCAGGUUACAGAAUCCGCUAACCCAGAAAUUGUACCUCGGGUUAAGUAGUUUGCUUCAGGAUGAGAACAGAAAUCAUGCUUUGGCAGCGCAGCAGGAGGCCUCAUUAGCUAAAGUGGUGCUUCAGGUUAAGAACAGUUUCAGGUUAAGAAUGGACCUCCGGAACAAAUUAAUUACUUAACCCGAGGUACCACUGUAUUCAGCUAAGGCAACAUUGAAGGAUCACACCACCAGUUUUGAACAUUAUGUGGAGGUGUUUUCUAAUUUAUCUUCAUUUUGAAAGGAUAGGCAAUAUUUAAACUCCUUUCCAAAUGUAAAAUUGCUAAGCACUAUACCAUUUAUCCUUCCAUGUUGUCCAAAAUGUAAUCCAGGAAUCAAUAUUGUUUACCCAGAUUUUUAAAAAUGUGCUAUACUUCAUUUGUUUUUUACUUCGUUGAGUGGAAUCAAAUUGUAACAGAUAUAUAAUGUUCUAGGCUUAAUUGUAAUUUAAAAUCGCGUCCUAGGAUUCUGAACUGGGGAAAGUGGGAUUUGAUCAUAGCCUCAAGAAGGAAACUAUAUGGUUGGUGGUUGUCUGACACUGGCAAAAAAAUGUUUGGCAGUCAUUUACCUUAAUGAAUUCAACGUGUUCGUGUGGCAGCUGCAGAAUCUAUGCCUUUGCUCCUGGAAUGUGCAAGAGUUCGUGGCCCAGAGUACCUCACCCAGAUGUGGCAUUUUAUGUGUGAUGCCCUUAUCAAGGCCAUAGGGACAGAACCUGACUCAGAUGUACUGUCAGAAAUAAUGCAUUCUUUUGCCAAGGUAAUAUUUUACUUUGCAUGAGCUACAAUUCCUGUCUCCCUGAAUAGAAAAUGUUAUAUUUUCAGUAAGGAGAAAUAAAAGAGAAUUUAAAUUAAUGGUUUUCAUGUUGUCCUAGUGCUCAUGUUUUAUCUGAAUUUGGACAAGCAGGUACAAGUAGCCAUAAGCCUUAGGCUCACACUCCCCCUCCUUACAAGAAGAAAUUAGAAAUAUUCACUUUUUGUAGCAAAGCACUAAGUAAAAGCACUAACUAAAAGCAAAAAGUUCUAUUUGGCUCUAACGGAGAUGAAGGAAGAGGGAAAGAUGAACCUGGAGAUCCUUAUAUAUUCCCAAUCUUUCAAACCAAGAAUACAGUUACUGUCUAAGAAUUUUUGUGCAAAGGCAGAGCAGUAUUAGCAUUGUGAAGCAGAGUAUAUUUAGCAAUCAACUUUAGGUGCCUUGUGAUUGAGAUUAUAUUGUUUGUGAAUUUCUUUUGAAAUUGUCAAACAAACUUGCUAGUUUUCUUACAAAACUGAUGCAACAGCGAAAGGUUGUUAAAGUUUAAAUGGUUAGUGAACAAAAACUCCUAGUUCCAACUGUAUGUUUUCUUACUGUACAAGAAUAUACCGGUAAACCUAUCUAGCUUUACAUUGAAAACUGGUAAUCCGAAUUAGGUAGAUUUAGAUGUUUAUUUAGUUUGCAAUUUAAGUGAUUAGAAUAGUGCAUGGAAAGUCCCUGUUGGGGAUUGAUUGAUUGAUUGAUUGAUUGAUUGAUUGAUUUAAAAUUUAUUUUUAACACAAGUACUUAAAAAAGACCACAAGUAUAGCGGGUAAUCUUUGAGAAGACAAUUCUUUCACAAGAAGGAAUAACUUUUCUAAGAUUGUGCCUGUGGCGAUGUUUGUUCAUAAUCUAAAAGCAAUAAAAGGGAAAUUUAAUUUAGUUAAAGCUCAUACUAUUAAUAUUUUACACAGACUUUGUAAUAUAGCCUAUAAAAUGAAGUAGAGAGAAGCAAGUACACCAGCUUGAGUUCUUUGGAGGAAAGGUGGGAUGCAAACAAUAUGAUUAGUUAUUUAUGUUAUUAUAUAUAGAGUGUUUUGGAAAGUAUUACUUGAAAAUGUUUGAACAUCAUUUUUCAAGUUGAUGAACCUUUAUUUCAUUAGUGUAUUGAAGUAAUGGGAGAUGGCUGCCUUAACAAUGAACACUUUGAAGAACUUGGGGGAAUAUUGAAAGGAAAACUAGAAGAGCACUUUAAAAAUCAAGAAUUAAGGCAAGGUAAGCUUAAUUAAGGGUGCUUAAUGACAUCCAAAUAUUUCUCAAGGCACAGCUUCUAAAUUUAACUAACUGGUUCACAAAAAAGAGGUAAAUAAGUAAUGUGUAUGACGAACCACAGCCUAUACUAUUGAUUAACACUGUUGUCAAGUGCCAGCCCAAGAAAGCACUAAAUUCCUUAAACAAGAUGAUAAUUCUGUAUCUAUCUCAGUAGCUACAGCAAUAUUUUUUAGUAAAGCUUGACACAGCUUUUUUCUUAUUUUAGUAUGUUUAUAUACUUAAUACCUAAACAUAUAUUUAAUAUGCUGCUGAAUAUUCAGAAUUUCCAAGCUGAAUAAGAACAAUUAAAAUUCAUUCUAGAAACAUGAAACUAUCUUAACUUGUCUUGGGAUAGGUUGUCAUUUAUUCCUGCACGUCAUCAUCCAAGGGUCCUUCUAUCCUUUUUAGAGCAAAUCUCCCGGCCCUUGGGUUGAUCUACCAAAUAAUUGCCCUCUACUCCUUUUCUACAGCUUUCUUCUUGCAGCAAGCCUGGACAUUUCUGAAAGCAGCCAUGCUAAUACAUUAACAAUUUGCUUUUUAAUUAGUGAAAAGGCAAGAUGAAGAUUACGAUGAGCAAGUUGAAGAGUCACUGCAAGAUGAAGUAAGUCUUCUGUUGGUUGUCUUCACAAAUAGAAUAUUCUUAGAAGCCAUUUCAUAUUACGUAACGAUAUGAAAUGGUGCUAUCGCUUUUCCUCAUGCCCGAUUUGCAGAUAAUUUUCAUGUUCUUUGGGAAGCUUCUAUCAAGUAAAUACCUAAUAGUCUUGGGUAGGCAGUGCAAAGGAGACAAACUUUCUAGAUUCUCCCAGGUGCCACUCCACAACACGCCGGAAGAAAGUAGAUUGUGGAGUAACUAUUGCUGGGAGACUGUUUUGGGGAACAUCACAUCCUUCUGGCAUGCUUCCAAACAUCUUCUAUGGCAGUAGAUCACAGGCAGUUUCUUUCAGUAGGACUCUAGGCCUAGCAACGACCUUGAACCUACAGAAACAUCCAGAUCAUGUUGGGAACAAUGUAGCACUGGCCCUGACUUGAUGGAGCCAGUGCUUACUGAUCUUAUGACAGGAAAUUGACUGUACACAACCGCACACAUGAACAUGGCCAUCUCUUCCUGAUACUGUUCCUUGGGGCCCAGUCCUGGAGAACUGGUGCCCAGGGUUCCACAAUUCCACUUGUCAUGGCAAGUAUUGUACUAUCAUCUGGCAAGGGUGAUAGGCACCAGGCUUCUUCCCAGUUUCAGGAGCUGGAGAAUAGGGAUGGGGAUCAUCCCCACUGUUGGCGAAGCACUCAAAGCACCUCCAAAGUGCUGCACAAUUCCAGUGACUUCAAGGUUGGAAGAAGCCUAGCUUGUUUUUGCCUCAAGAGACACAAAUUAAUAAAGUCCAGCCUUCCUGGGGAGUUGCUGUGUUUCUGAUGCACUUUGGAAAGCCUCUGCACCAAAAACGGCCCAAGACUCUUCUCUAGCUUUGAACAGAUGGAUAUCCCUGUAAUUGGGUUAGGCUAUCGGGGUAUAUUGCCUCCCCAUCUUGAAAUGUAACACUGAGGGAGAGGGGUAUUAUCCCUCGCCUUGGGAUGCAUGUCAAUGAUGAGACUCUGGAUCUGGCAACCACAAAUUUGCUGGAUAUCUGCCAGUGGUCGCAGCAUCCCCAUCUUUGUGGCAACUAUCUGGUAUCUAUUAAAAUAUUACAUUUAGAUUUUAUUAUACAUUGCUGUAAGCAGUCUUAGAAGCCAAGUUUGUAUGACAUAGCCUCAUCAGGCAAAUACUGCCCCUGCAGCCCUGCCAACAGCAACUAUUUUAGGGGUAAGGUGUAGGGUUUACUUAUUUUAUUUACUGCUUUUAUUUACUUAUUUUAUUUUAUUUAUUUUAUUUACUUACUAGCUAUUUUAGUAAGAUGUAGGGUUUACUUCUGAGUAAGCCUGCAUAAAGUUGUGCUGGAAGUCCAUGACAAGUUGUUUCAGAUCAGAUAUUGAAUUACUUUCCAGUUGUGGAUUAAUAUGACAGAAACCUUGAUAUCUUUAUCAUGGUGGAUUAAGGCAUGCAUUACAGAUGCCUGUUGUUGCUGUUGUUGUUGUUGUUUAGUCGUGUCCGACUCUUCGUGACCCCAUGGACCAGAGCACGCCAGGCACUCCUGUCGUCCACUGCCUCCCGCAGUUUGGUCAAACUCAUGCUGGUAGCUUCGAGAGCACUGUCCAACCAUGAUAUUUAUUUCCAAGUCUGUGCACAAUAUCUGCAGGGCUCUCCUUCAUAAUGCUUGCCUUGAUUUUGUCAAGGUACAUUUAUUCCCUUCCAAAAAGCACUUGUUGGGUCUUUGUUUUCCGUGGCCCAGGGAGUUGUCGUGAAAGGGUACAGUAAUGGCACUGCUUUUGGGUGAGGGGGCAGCUUGUGCUGUUCUGCCUCAAUCGGUGGUUCUACAGAUUUCUUAGCUGAACUGGGAUUGGGGUUAUGUAAUGGGGGGAUGGGACGCGGGUGGCGCUGUGGGUUAAACCACAGAGCCUAGGAUUGCCGAUCAGAAGGUCGGCGGUUCGAAUCCCCACGACGGGGUGAGCUCCCGUUGCUCAGUCCCUGCUCCUGCCAACCUAGCAGUUCGAAAGCAUGUCAAAGUGCAAGUAGAUAAAUAGGUACCUCUCUGGCGGGAAGGUAAAUGGCGUUUCCGUGCACUGCUCUGGUUCGCCAGAAGCGACUUAGUCAUGCUGGCCACAUGACCCGGAAGCUGUAUGCCGGCUCCCUCAGCCAAUAAAGCAAGAUGAGCGCCGCAACGCCAGAGUCGGCCACGACUGGACCUAAUGGUCAGGGGUCCCUUUACCUUUACCUAAUGGGGGGGGCAGACUUAACCCAGUGUUUUCCAGGUGAGUUCUUCCAAAGCAGGUGUUAGAUGCAGUCUUGAUCAGUUUUUUAGUAUUUCAAAAUGUUAGCACACUAGUGUGUAAAUGCAAAAUAAUAAACAACUUUGCUAGGAGUCUAACCCAUCUUACAGAGUGGUCUCUGAAAGAAAUUCCCAAGUGAAUAUCCAUUUGGCUGUUUUCUUUUUCUUCAUUUCAUUAGUUUCCAAUGUAAAGCUGCUGGUUGGAGCUGUCCUGGCCUUUUCUUUCUCAGGGCUGUUCCCCUUUCCCCCAUUUUCUUCUGAUGGAUGAGGGACUGUCUAUACUGGAAGGGCUAGGUUCGAGUCACAAAUCUUAAAAAACCAGGAGAAGUACCAUCAGCCUUCCUUUACACUGGUCAAGCCUUCACUGAUGUUCAUUGGAUGGACAUUCAGCUAAUUUCAAAGGAUACUUAGUCACAUUUUGGGCAAGCAUUCUGCAAGAUUAAUAUUCAGCUGUAGUUUAAAUUCUUCUCAUGUUUGGACAAACUGAUGCAAAUACUUUUAUUUGCUCAUUGAAAGCCUAACUGCUCUUAUUAGCAGUGGGUAUCGGAAUCAAAGCAGUCAGUUCUAAAGUAUUAGUAUUACUAUAUAAGCAGUGACUGAAUUUCAGGUCCUGGCUGGUUCAUGACUAUGCAUAUUGUUGGUUACAAUAGAUGUAUUCUUCGCCUCCCAGCCAUGCACUGGGAUUGAAAAGAAUUGGACCUAGGAAAUGGCAGUUAUUUUAAUGUGAGAGGAGGAAGGGUGAAUACAGAUGACACAUUUUUACAAUUGUACCUGAUGUGUAACAAGAUAUUCCUUCCCAUUUGGCAAGAUUAUACCAAUUACCAUUCUUCUUUGGAGUGCAGCUUACUGUAUUGCAGUUUAAGCAUUUGUAGAAGCUCAGCGACCCCUUGUGGAAGCAAGGAAAUCAAACAUCUUGGGCUUCAGUGUAGGAAAAUGUAGAUGGCUGGCUAUAGGAAGUAGCUGUGUGAGUGGGGAAAAGGGCUAUAGCAAAUAUGCUAACUGUGAGAAACAGGGUCUGUUGAGGGUGGGAGAGAAGAAGAAAAAACUAACACCGACCUAGAUAAAAUGAGGGAUAUAAUACCUUUCAGCCUAGAAUAUUCUCUUCUCCCUGCCAUUUCCAUAAGAUGUCAUUGCUAAGAAAAUACCAAGCUAGUUCUAGUCUGAUGGUGAGAGCCAACAUACAAUGAGCAGGCAUGUGGCCAUGCAACAGGGCUUCUUCCUCGCCUCCCCCUACAGCCCCCUAAUCUGCUCCAACAAGUAGAUAAACCUUCAAGCAGAUAUUUGGGGGAAGGGGGACCCUGUGGAGCUGCAGAAGUCCCAUUGUGUAAGUGGGCAGACAGCAUUGCAUACCUCCCUGAAAUUGUAAAAAAAACUGUUAAGAUCCAUCAUUCAACAUCAUCCAAAAUGGUAGAUACUGAUUCCAUUGCUUUUCCCCCCUUUAUCAGCACGACAGUGAUGUCUACAUUCUGACUAAAGUGUCAGAUAUUUUGCACUCGAUAUUCAGCAGCUACAAGUCAAAGGUGUUACCAUGGUUUGAACAGCUACUACCACAAAUUGUCAACUUAAUUGUAAGUAUCCUGGAGCUCCUCAAGGCUCAUUUAGAAUGGCACAGAGGACCCUCAAAUUAAUAUUGUCAGCUAUGGGAGGAUGGGUCAGGGAAGUCUCCUUGUACAAUGAUGCUUAGGUACAACAUUUAUAAGAAAUUAUUUCAGUAGCUUAUUGGCUAUAAUUCUGUGCAGCUUUUCCCUUGACACUAAAUGUAAUGCUGGUAUAUGCAUUUGCACAGAGACAUAAACACUGCAACAAGAGGAAUAUUGGAGGAAUAGGAAAAUAUUAAGGGUAAAGAGUAACUUGGAGCAGUGAAGAUAGGCUUUUGUUUUGUAAAUAGUGCUGGCAUAUUUACAGUGAGAUGGUACUUUAGUUUUUCUCAAGAAGCAAUUAAGUAUCUAACUGAUGUAGGGUGAUGGACCCCGUAAUAUGUAUAUGUAAUUAUGUAUAUGAAACCUCUUCAAGGCUUUAGGGCUGGGCAUACCAUAUUGGUAGGUUAGGAAUCUAGGGCAAUCUGGGUUUCUAAAGAAGUUCUAGAUGUAAUGAGGUGGGAGGACAAGGGACAACCUCCAAACAGGUGGAAGGAAUGCUGCUUAUGUGGUUUUUUUUCUCCUUUACAGUGCCCACAUAGGCCAUGGCCAGACAGGCAGUGGGGUUUAUGCAUUUUUGAUGAUGUCAUAGAACACUGCAGCCCAUCCUCAUUCAAAUAUGCAGAAUACUUCUUGAGACCAAUGCUACAGUCAAUAUGUGACAACAGCCCAGAGGUUAGACAAGCAGCUGCAUAUGGUAUUGGCGUCAUGGCACAAUUUGGCGGGGACAAUUAUCGGCCUUUCUGCACAGGUAUCUUACAUGCUAUUUAUCUGGCACAUUUUAUCUUUUGCAUGUGCAACCUUCUGUUCAGGCCUGUAGGCUGCCAAUUUGACAGCUCUACUUGAAAGUGUAAUUUUGCCAAAAAAUUCAAAUAUAUAAUGCAGUGUGUGUUUUUUUCCCACCAAAAAAAUAUUGGCAUUACCAGAGGCCCUUCCAUUGCUGGUGAGAGUUAUUCAAUCAGCAGAUGCCAAAACCAAAGAAAAUAUCAACGCAACAGAAAACUGCAUUUCAGCAGUUGGGAAGAUCAUGAAGUUUAAGCCUGACUGUAUAAAUGUUGAAGAAGUGCUGCCUCAUUGGUUAUCAUGGCUGCCACUGCAUGAAGACAAAGAAGAAGCUGUUCAUACUUUCAAUUAUUUGUGUGACCUAAUAGAGAGGUAAGAAGAAAAUGCUGUUUGAGCCAUAAAGGUUAAGACUGAUUUCUACAUGUGUGUGCGUGAAGUGUAACAUUUGGCCAUGAUUUAUAUUUUUAGGCAUUACAUUUUUAGAUUUUAUUUCCGUUACCAUGUACAGCGGUACCUUGGUUCUCAAACUUAAUCCGUUACGGGAGUCUAUUCAACUCCCAAAACGGUUCGAAAACCAAAGCGCAGCUUCCAAUUGGCUGCAGGAGUUUCCUGCACUCAAGCAGAAGCCGCGCCGGGCGUUCAGCUUCCAGAACACUUACUUCCGGGUUUGUGGCAUUCGGGAGCCAAUUUGUUCGGCAACUAAGCCAUUUGAGAACCAAGGUACGACUGUCCUCCUCAAAUGUGAAAAUGAAACAACCCUUGAUAUAGUGUCUGCAGUUUUAACCCUCAUGUAUUAUCUCAAACUUUUUUAAAAAAAAAGUGAACACACAUACUUUUAAUUAAACAAAUCGAGGCUAUGGAGAUUAGUAAUUAUACUGCCCACCUCUCUUUCUAUUUGGCAAAUAACUGCCAUGGUGUACCCAUAAGGAAAAGGAUUAACUUCCUCAGUGCCACAGUUGCAAAAUAAAGGGAUGAAAGUUCCAUUCGUGUCUUUGUUUGGCCCAUGAUAACACAAUAAUUGUAUGUUAACGUUGACACCUUUUUAAAGUUUAAAAAUGUACAGCAGAAAAGAGUUUCCUAGAGAGGCUUCACAUAAAGUUACUGUUAAAAAAAUAAGCAACAAAUAGCUGCCAAUUAACAUAUUGGACCCUGUUACCAGGCCAGGUUAAUAAUUCCACACACAACAUAUUACAUAUAUCUGUUAUCUUGAGUUUAUGUUGUAUGCAUGUGUAGUGUAAUCAAUAUUAGUACAACAUGGUAGAUCCUUAUGGAACAUCUGUAGAGUGAUAGUUUAAUGUGUUGCUGGAUAUCAAAGGGAACAAACCUGCCUCAAAUGUUUAUUGCACAUUUAUUGCACUGUUUUGGUAGUCCUAAUAAGGUGGAUGAAAUUUAGAGUAGUUAACCCAGUUUAUAUUAGUUAAUUUCCUUCAUCCAGAGAUCAAAAUCCUGAAUAUGUUUAGAAAAUAACAUCCACCUGCAUUUACUGCGUUGCAGCAUCUGCAGAAAAUAACUCCUAGGGAGUACCUGACCUCAGAUGAGCCCACCACAGAAAAGAUGCUUUCUGGUUGCCAGGAAAAAAGGAAGGGCAAAUUAGGGAGAUUCCAGGGUGUGCUAGAAAAUAAGACAGGAGCAGAAAAAGGAGGAAAGAACAGAAAAUAUUUAGGACACCAACAAUGGCAACCUGGAAUUUUAAUAUAAUACUCUCCAUUAAAGCUGUUGUGUUAUGUGCCUAGGAACCUUUAUAGUGUUAAUGCUAGCUAAUUUUAAUUUUCUUUUGCAUUCCCAACAGUAAUCAUCCCAUUGUUUUGGGCCCCAACAAUUCUAAUCUGCCCAAAAUAUUCAGUAUAAUUGCGGAUGGUGAAAUGAACGAAGCUAUGAAGCGUGGAGAUCCAUGCACCAAACGACUGGCUAACGUAGUUCGGCAAGUGCAGGUAAAUGCAAAUUAAUAUUUUCAUGUCUGCAUUUUCACAUCUCGCCACUCCAAACCCUGGCUUAGCACAAAUGUGUGAGCUCUCAAGGAGACCACAGGUGCUUUGCUCCUCUCCAGUAGAGCAAGUAUGUCAGGGUUUCUCCUGUAGUUAUAGGUCAUGGUUUAAGAGGAGAGAUCUUAACAAAGAGCUCUUACAUUUCCAAGCACAAUUCAGAGUGUUGGUGCUGACCUUUAAAGCCCUAAACAGCCUUGGCCCAGUAUACCUAAAGGAAUGUCUCCACCCCCAUCGUCCAGCCCAGACACUAAGGUCCAGCUCCAAGGGCCUUCAGCCGGUUUCCUCCAAGGGCCUUCAGCGAAGUUACAGGGAACCAGGCAGAGGGCCUUCUUGGUAGUGGCACCCUCCCUGUGGAACGCCCUCCCAUCAGAUGUCAAAGAAAUAAACAACUAUCUGACUUUUAGAAGACAUCUGAAGGCAGCCCUGUUUAGGGAAGCUUUUAAUGUUUGAUAUUUUAUCAUGUUUUAAUAUUCUCUUGGGAGCUGCCCAGAGUGGUUGGGGAAACCCAGUCAGAUGGGCAGGGUAUAUUAUUAUUAUUAUUAUUAUUAUUAUUAUUGACACACUUCUUUACCUUGCCAUUCGAUAUUUAAGGGGUGAAAUUUUAAAACCAACCUUAUUUUUGUGACUAAGUUGUUUUAAACUCUCUUGAAUAUUGUGUUUUAAUGUUGUGACCUUGCCAAGGGACACUAAGAGUGAAAGGUGGAUAAUUAAUAAUAAUAAUAACCACAAUUGUAAACUGGGAUGAUAUGCUAAGCCAAACCUUGACUUAGCUGCUGUUCUGCACUAACCUAAAAAGUUCAGAGAGGAGCUAAGCAGAUGGCAAGCUGUCAUGGUAAGCCAUAUGGCGGCUUACCAUGACAUGCAAACCAGGCUGAUUUUGUCACUUGUCAGAAUUGUAACAUUUCCCUCAAAAGUGGCAGUAUCUCUGACUGGAAGACAUUUCAUUUUGAAAGAUAGCCACUGUCCAGUGGCCCAGAGCUUACUCAGAUUUGUGUGGCAUAUAAACACAAUUUACACGCAGCAAAUAGUAGAAGGAAUGCACACGUCUUAGUAGAGUUAUAAAGCAUAAUCUACUCUGCUGGGAGAAGAUAAACAAGAUGAAUAAAAUUUCAGAUCUUGCAAUUCAGAAAAAACCAAAGGAAAGGGAGGUUCUGGAAAGUAGCUUGCCACGUUUUUGCUGUGGUUUUGUCCUUCUUACCCUGGUUAAUUUAUUCCUUGUCUUCCCAGUCUUGUGUCUAAGAAUCACCAUAUACUUUCUCUAGAACAGAGAUGGGGAAUCUGUGGCCCUCCAGAUGUUGUUGAAUUCCAACUCACAUGCUCCUUAAUUACUGGGCAUGCUGGCUGGGAUUAAUGGAAUCUGAAAUCCAGUAACAUCUUCUAGAGAGCCUCUGAUUCUGUUCCUGUUCCAGAAGAACGUGAAUCUCUAAAAGAAUGUUAGCAAUGCUUAUUAUUUUAGCUGUAUUGAGUACUUUUUACCUGUUGUGUUCCAGUCCACUCAUUUUAAACUUUUUAAUAUUGUCUUACCUCCACACACCUGAGCACACUUAGCAAGAUGAAGUAGAAGGUUUAUAAGAGUGGGAAAGAUUUUGUGUGCAAGGGUGUCUUCUAAAGCUCCUAUUGGAUACCUAUUAAUAUGCAUGUUUAACUUACCCACUAUUUUUCCUUCAUUCUGUAGACUUCUGGAGGUUUGUGGACAGAAUGCAUAUCUCAGCUCAAUGCAGAACAGCAGGCAGCCAUACAGGAGCUCCUGAACUCUGCGUAAAGGGCCUUAAUUAUCAUCCACAAGAAAACUCCAAAUAAACAUUUACCCUUCGGUUUAGGUUUCUUUGUUUUGUUUUUAAGAGAGAAAACUGUAGUGCAUGUAGGCCAUUCUGCAACCUACAAGCAGUGGCAGCAGGAAGAAACGGUUUCAAAUGGUGUUGCAAUGAAUUUCUACCCAUCAGCACUGAAGGAGCUCCCUGUAAAACCUGCAGUAGCACUGAAGAGUAUUUUUCUAAUGGUAUGAACCAACCACAUGAUGGUGAAAGGGAAACAAGUUGAAUUUCCAUUAAGCAUAAACUUAAUUAAGACAGCUUUUAAGACCAGGUAUUCAGUAGACACCCAUUAUAACAGAUUACAGGCAUUUUUACCCUCUAGUGUUAACAUGUAUUGGAGUGUGAGUAUUUUUGUAGGGUAGAAAACACCCUUCUGCCCACCAAACCAAGUAGAUUAAGAGACUAUAAACUGACGGCAACAUCGAGCAUGAAGACUUCAUCGAUAUCGCAUUCAGUUCUCUGAAACAGGCUUGUGUAGCGACUCAAUGAAGAAGGCCAUUGAGCUCUCAGCCCUUGAAUGUGAAGUGUCUUUGGCAUGUCUGACAGUAUCUCAUCCACUCCUUCAAUAAAUGACAUUGAAAUACAAUCAAAGUUUGUGUAAAAGUCCAGUGCUGUGUGGUCUCUUGUUUGCCUUCAGUGGAAAUAAUUGUUUACUUUUCCAAGUACAACAUGUCGCGCUCAGAAUGCUUGGUCUGUAAUCAUGUUUUUUCAGUCUUCGUAUCUCCGUGUGUAGAGAUUUAAGAAUCCACUUCUUAGGGUACUUUCAUGUUCUCCAUAUGUCUUUUUGUUUGCUUGUUUUGACCUGAUUCCAUAUUUUCUGAGAUGUGCAUUUUAGCAACAGAAUGGUCGCUGAAUAGAAUUGCCCAGUCUUUGUAAAUCGGCACACAUACAAAGCUUCAUUUAAAAAUGAAAUUGGUAACAUCUUUUGAAAGGGGGGAUGUGACUUAAGUACUGUUCUGCGUAGUGCUUCAUUAUGGGCCUUUUUAAUAUGAGAUCUUCAGUGUUUAAGUAUUUGAUUUUGUUCUAUGGUGUCCCAAGGAACAGGAAAGAGCUAUGCUUGACUCAAAACCACUAGGACUUACUUCUAAGUAAGCACACAUAUGAUUACACUGUAAAUGAAUUCAAUCUGACUUUGACAACUGAAAAGUUGAAACACUACAUAAAGGGACUACAGUAACAUAGAAUCAAGAAGGUGUGUCUAGAUCUUGUGUCUGACCUAUAAAAACUCAUGCCACAAUAUAUUUUAAGUUAAAAAAAAAUCACAGUACUUGUUUUUGUCAAGGCCUGAAGAAUGGACUUUUCUAGUUCAUGGUUAAUCAUCUGGUACCAUGAUGAAAGACAAAGGUUUCUAUUUAAUCCCUGUGCUUUUGAGGAAGGAAAAGGCUUAUUUCUAACAAAAGAAACAAGUUCCACCUCCAUCUUCUGUUUUGGACUAGAUUUUUAAAUAAUUGCUCAUUUUGAGCAUCUCUCCUGCAUAGUUUCUUCAGGCUGUUGCCACUUGGUAUAUAUAUGCAAUAUCUGCUAUUUGCCUUCAUGUCAGCUCCUUCAUGGAGCCAUUCAGAUUGCAUUGUAAUGUCACUAAAACUUCCAGAAUUGAGCUAUUUCCUAUCUGUGUAAACACAUGAAAUACUGAGCUUUGGGUGGUUCAACCCACCUCUCAUUCAUUCCUCUCUGGAAUAGACAGUGCUGCUAAGCUUUGGCUACAACAGUGGAUUUUUUGUUUUAACAGUCUGUAUUUUACACCAUACAGAAAUCUUUAUAUCCAUACUUCUGCUCAAAUGCUGCUGCAGAUUAAGAUUAAGUUAUGGAGAGGAAAAUGAAUUGAUUCUUUAUGGCACAAAGUACCAACGUGAUAAGCACUGUGUGUCAUCUUAAAUUUUGGGACUACACAAGAAGCAAGAAUAUCAUAGCUAUGGCUUGCUUCAGCAUUAUGAUUUUCUUUCACCAAAAAUGAAUACCCAAACUUAUAUGGGAAAAGGUUGCAGAAAUUGCCAUAUUAUAUUUGAACCCUGUUCUUUAAUAUUGCACUUAAAUCUCACUGCAAAAAUAUUGGUGCACAACAAAGCAUUUUAAUAUUCCAUGCUGUCUACUUGGAGCAUAAUCUGGAGUCUUGAAAAUCUGUCUGCUAUAGGUUCACAAGGAAGUGUCAUGGUGCUGUCCUGCUUUUUGUGUGUUUUAUAACUUAACAUGGUUUCUUCAAAAAUUCUCAAAGUGGUCCUGAAGUUCCUGUACUUUCAUGCAACUCCCAUGUUCUGGUACAUGCAUUCUCUCCCUGGCUUACAAUACAAAUUCACGGUGAAGCACCUUUUCCCAAUUUUGACUUAUAUGGAACACCAAGUGAAACACCUUGAAUUGCUCAAAACACGACACAAAUAAGCCUGACCCAAUAUAUACAAGGACUGAAUAAUGUGAGGAGACUAUUUCACUGAAGCAUUCUCUGAUCCAAAUAUCCAUGUUCAUAAUGCUGUAUGUUCCAUAUAAUGGUAAUCAUUUCUGAUUUUGACGCUCUUUUUUUCUUCCAAAGGCUAUUCUGAUCAAUAAAAAUAGGCCAUCCUAGCACAUGUUUUCAAAACAGUCUGUGUGAUAAAUGGAUGGUUAAUGAGCAAUACCUGAAAAAUAUCCAGCUGUGAAAUUCCUUGUGAAAUUGUACUAGUCUUAAAAACUGUUGAAAU